ACUUAGUAAUCAUGCCAUGAACACGUCCACGAUCGCAUGGGGAGGUACACCAGAAGAGAGACCGGAGUUCCCAGUGCUCGUGAUUGGGGGUACCCUGGACCUGUAACAAUUGAUACUUAUCUUUGUUCUCUGGUGCCAAAGGAAAGCACGCCGUGGUGCUCAAGUAGCAGUGUCCAACAUGAACAUGAUUGUACAACUGCUACCAUACACCUCGUUCUGGAUCUUGGGAGUAUUUCAUGAGACUCUUGACUUACAUACUAGUUGGCCGCCGUUAACGGGGUGCUCGUCCUUCAUCGUCAUCAACCCGAGGGGGAGUUGUGCCCAAAAUGCAUUCCGAUGAUCGCUGCAUGUGAACAUUCACUCACUAGGCCCUCGGGGAGAGCCUGCUUGAUACAGUGCCUGUGCUUAUACUUAUCUAUUCAUUGACUAACACAUAUCCAUAUCGAUGAUACGACAAUAUCCAUUCAGAUCGGAUUAGCCGUUGGAAGCCGUUGUCGGACGUCUACAGUGCUGUCAGUCCAUGAUUGUAUCUCGGUAGACAGUCCUCCUCCCCGGAAAUGGAGUCGAGACCCCUACUACGAACAUGGCAAUUCAGGAAAGUAACCCCGGAUCCACACUCUGGAGCCCACCUGCACUGCACAUACUUCUCUCCGCAUCAAUUGUUUAUGGCAAUGGUCCACCACUCGGGGUUCAAGUUGUCUAAAAAGAUGAGAACCGAGCCGAAUACAAAGAGACUGGUCAUGAACCUGCGCUGCACCGGCAUACACCCCAAUUAUUGUCAAUCUCGAACCAAACUGAACCAUUGCCUCAUAUCACUCAACAAACAAAAUAUAAUCCAAAAAGAAUCUCAAGAGACCAAGGACAUCAUUUAAUUAACUUACACUGCCGUUUCUUCUACCGCCCUCUCUUCACUUAAAUCGACCUUAGCCCGAAAAUGGACGUCCCUGGCAUCGCCCUCGUGACAGGAGCAGCAUCCGGAAUUGGCCGCGCCUGCGCAAAAGCAUUCGCCCGCGAAGGAGCAUCUGGAAUCGCCCUCGUGGACGUGAACAAGGACGCCCUUGAAUUCGUUAAAGCCGAAGUCGAACAAACCCGCACCAACAAAGACUCACGGGUCGAAAUAUACGUGCUCGACGUAACGGACGAAGACCAAGUCAACAAAACAGUCACCAGCGUCGCCACCACAUUCGGCCGCCUCGACUACGUGGUCAACGCGGCCGGAAUCGCAAUGAAACACCCCGGCGGCGCAGCAUUCUGCGAAACCAAAGACUGGCAACGCAUCAUGGCGAUCAAUUUGACAGGCACAUUCUUCGUACUCCGCGCCGCCGCACAGAUCAUGUUGAAGCAGGAACCGAUCAAAUCUUCCAUUGAUGGCCGACCACUACAGCGCGGAUCAAUCGUGAAUUUCGGUUCGAUCCAGGCCGUCGUCGGGAUCCCUUUGUCGACGGCAUACACGGUGACGAAACAUGGUGUUUUGGGACUCACCAAAACGGCGUCCGAGGAUUAUGCCAAGGAUGGAUUGAGGAUUAAUGCUAUUUGUCCGGGGUACACGGAGACGCCUAUGACGACGAAAUCUCCAUUGGUGUUGCAGGCUAUGAUGGAGAGAAUCGAAACGGCGGUGCCGAUGCAGAGAAUGGGGAAACCGGAGGAGAUUGCUGAUGGGGUGAUUUAUCUUGCGGGCGGGAGGAGUUCGUUUGUUACGGGGACUUCGCUUUUUGUCGAUGGUGGGUAUACUGAGCGGUAGAAUGCAAACAAGUCUUGUCAAUAGAAUAUAUUAUAUUUUCGUGGCAGAAACAACAGG